CAAAGAAUUCAGAUUAUCUAAUUAUAACCAGUCGCCGAUCUCACGUCUUUGGAUCUUGAUAUCCAGUGUGCCCUUCUCUACCGUCCGAUCGCCGCACACGUGCCGCAACAACCUCGAUUAGCUCAUCCCCGCCUCAGUCGUAACGACUAAUCUCCCCCACAUCUAAACUCUAGGGUUUCAUCAUUUGAAGAAACGCCGAAGACUUUCACCUGCUCGAUUUGUGCGCUUUAGAAUGUUUGUUGUUUUUCUUGCUUGAAGAUCCGAUUGUUCUUAGUCAGUAGAUAUGGAGAAGGAGCUAAUCGAGCUGUUCGAUGCGGUAAAAAGAUCGGCUGAUGCAGCCGCUGUUGACGGCGAUGCAGAUUCCUCACCGGAGGAGGAUAGGUGCCUUGACGCUUUGAAGCGGCUCAAGAGAUUUCCUGUCAAUUAUCAAGUCCUUGUUUCCACACAGGUGGGCAAACGCCUCCGAACAUUGACAAAACAUCCGAGGGAGAAGAUCCAGGUGUUGGCUUCUGAUGUAGUGAAGAACUGGAAGACUAUAAUUGUGAGAGAGACAAUGAAAAAUAAGAACGGCAAUGAAGUAAAUGGGGAAUCUGUAAAAGCUGAAUGUGCUGGCGAUGAUGGUGAUGAAGGCAAUAAAUUUCAGCGUGUGAACUCAGUGAAGGUUGAAAAGGUGUCAAGGGUUGAGAAUGUGACAGUUGAGAGGUCAAGUAAGUCUCUGACUCAAAAAUCUGAGAGAGCAGUGAAGGCAGAAAGUUCCUUCUCUGACGUAAAGUCUGAGAAUGUUUCUGUUAUGAAGACUGAGAAUACAAGUUCCAAAAGUGUUAAGAUUGAGAAGAAACCCAAGGAUGAGAAAUUGAGAUCUCAUGUGGCUAGUGCUGCCCCACCAAAGUUGUCUGCUCUUGUUUAUUGCAAGGAUCCUGUGAGAGACAAAGUUCGGGAGCUCCUUUCUGAGGCUCUUUGCAAAGUCUCGGUUGAAGUUGAUGACGAUGAUUUGAGGGAUGCUGUGAAUGGUUCUGAUCCUUAUAGAGUUGCAGUUCAGGUUGAGACUGCUAUGUUUGAGAAGUGGGGUAAAUCUAGUGGCUCCCAGAAGUUUAAGUAUAGGUCAAUAAUGUUUAACAUCAAGGAUCCAAACAAUCCAGAUUUCCGGAGGAAAGUCCUUACAGGACAGUAUUCACCUCACAGUAUUGUUGAUUUGAGCCCAGAAGAAAUGGCGAGUGAUGAAAGGCAAAAGGAGAAUAAGAAGAUCAAAGAAAAAGCAUUAUUUAAUAGCCAGCUUGGAGGUCCUCCAAAGGCCAGCACAGAUAAGUUUAAGUGUGGUAGGUGUGGGAAAAGUCAGACCACUUACUACCAGAUGCAAACUCGGAGUGCUGAUGAACCAAUGACAACAUAUGUCACAUGUGUUAACUGUGAUAAUCGCUGGAAGUUCUGUUAAACUAGAUCUUGUUUGCAACUGUUACUCAGUGGUAUGCAUGAAGAACUUGAUAGGCCCUUUAACAACUAUGAUUCCGUUUCUAGGUUAUUUUUUAAUUGUCUUCUUUGAGGCGGUCUCUGAUAUGCAUGGUAUGAUCGCCCAAACUAUUUUAUUGUAUGG